CCCCGCGGCCAGUCCGCGCAGCCUCGGAUCCCGCGGCGUAGGAGGGGAGGGCGGUGCGGGUCGGGUUCGGCCGCCGCGCCCGCUUCAGCACCUUCUGCUGUCCGCCGCUGCGGUCGCAUCGUCCUGCAGGUGCUGACUAUUCUGAAGCCGGUUUCCAAUUGCCUUGAUUAAAGUAGAAACAUUCUAUGGCUUGGAUGACUUACAUUUCACAUUGGUUUGAGCAAGAUGAUUGGUAUGAAGGACUACAAAGAGCAAACAUGUCCCAGGUAAGGCAAGUGGGGCUGCUGGCUGCUGGAUGUCAGCCAUGGAACAAAGAUGUGUGCGUUGCCAAUGGAGACAGGUUCGCGUACUGUGCUACCCUGGCCAUCUAUAUUUACCAGUUGGAUCACCGUUAUAAUGAAUUCAAACUUCACGCAAUUAUGUCUGAACAUAAAAAAACAAUCACAGCUAUCUCUUGGUGUCCACAUAACCCUGAUCUGUUUGCCAGUGGCAGUACUGAUAAUUUAGUGAUCAUUUGGAAUGUUGCAGAACAAAAAGUCAUUGCUAAACUCGACAAUACAAAAGGGACGCCUGCCUCUCUCAGCUGGUGCUGGAAUGCAGAUGACACAGUGGCGUUUGCUUCCCAGAGAGGCCCACUGUUCCUCUGGACCAUCUCAGGACCAGACAGUGGCGUGACUGUACACAAAGAAGCCCAUAGCUUCCUGUCUGAUAUCUGUCUAUUCAGAUGGCAUACCCAAAGAAAGGGGAAAGUUGUCUUUGGUCAUACUGAUGGAAGUCUAUCAAUUUUUCAACCAGGUAAUAAAAGUCAGAAACAUGUUCUGAGACCUGAAUCUCUUGAAGGCACCGACGAAGAGGAUCCUGUGACAGCCCUGGAAUGGGACCCACUGUCUGCCGAUUACCUCCUAGUGGCCAAUUUGCAUCGUGGAAUUCGCCUAGUAGAUUCGGAAUCACUUCGUUGCAUAACAACAUUUAAUUUUCCCAGUGCAGUAGCUUCUGUGCAAUGCUUGGCCUGGGUUCCCAGUGCUCCUGGCAUGUUUAUAACUGGAGAUUCUCAAGUGGGUGUCCUGCGCGUUUGGAAUGUUUCUAGAGCAACACCUGUUGAUAAUUUUAAAUUAAAGAAAACAGGGUUUCACUGCUUACAUGUACUGAAUUCUCCUCCAAGGAAGAAAUUUUCAAUCCAGUCCCCAACCAAAAAUCAUUAUACAUCCUCAACGAGUGAAGCAGUACCGCCCCCAACUUUGACACAGAAUCCAGCAUUCUCUGUUGCUCCCGGUCACGCAGUGUGCUGUUUCUUGGAUGGUGGAGUUGGACUUUAUGAUAUGGGAGCUAAGAAGUGGGAUUUUCUUAGGGACUUGGGUCACGUGGAAACUAUCUUUGACUGCAAAUUCAAACCUGACGAUCCCAAUCUUUUAGCAACAGCUUCAUUUGACGGCACGAUAAAAGUCUGGGAUAUAAACACUCUGACGGCAGUGGAUACUUCCCCAGGGAAUGAAGGGGUUAUUUAUUCCCUCUCAUGGGCUCCAGGUGAUUUAAAUUGUAUUGCUGGAGCAACUUCUCGAAAUGGUGCUUUUAUUUGGGAUAUUAAAAAGGGCAAAAUCGUACAACGAUUUAAUGAGCAUGGAAAAAAUGGAGUAUUCUGCAUUGCCUGGAGUCAUAAAGAUUCCAAAAGAAUAGCAACCUGCAGUGGUGAUGGUUACUGUAUUAUUCGAACAGUUGAUGGUAAAGUACUACACAAAUACAAACAUCCAGCUGCAGUGUUUGGUUGUGAUUGGAGCCAAAACAACAGAGACAUGAUAGCCACUGGCUGUGAAGACAAAAAUGUUCGUGUCUAUUAUGUGGCCACCAGUUCCAAUCAACCACUGAAAGUGUUUAGUGGGCAUACAGAGAAAGUGUUCCACGUUAGGUGGUCUCCUCUGAGGGAGGGAAUUCUUUGCAGUGGCUCUGAUGAUGGUUCUGUUCGAAUCUGGGAUUAUACUCAAGAUGCAUGCAUAAGCGUUCUUAGAGGGCACACGGCGCCUGUGCGGGGAUUAAUGUGGAAUACUGAGAUCCCAUACCUACUAAUAUCCGGCAGCUGGGACUAUACUAUAAAAGUGUGGGACACUCGGGAAGGAACUUGUUUGGAUACCGUGUACGAUCAUGGUGCAGAUGUAUACGGUUUAACAUGCCACCCACGUCGCCCCUUCACUAUGGCCUCGUGUUCCCGGGACUCUACAGUGAGACUCUGGUCAUUAACGCCGUUAAUCACUCCUUUACAAAUAAAUAUUCUGGCAGAUAGAUCCUGGGAAGAAAUUAUCGGGAACACUGAUUGUGCUGUGGAACAAGGCAUGCCCCCUCUGCUGUGUGGCAAAGUGUCAAGAGAUAUCAAACAGGAGAUAGAGAAACUAAGUGGCAACGCUCGUGUGAAAAAACUAAGAUGGUUUUCAGAAUGUUUAUCACCUCCGGGUGGCAGUGACAAUUUAUGGGACUUAGUUGCUGUGAUAAAAGGGCAAGAUGAUAGCUUACUUCCUCCGAACUACUGUAAAGGAAUAAUGCAUUUGAAACAUCUGAUUACAUUCCGAACAUCUGAAGCCCAAGAACUAACCACAGUCAAGAUGUCUAAAUUUGGUGGUGGUAUUGGUGUCCCUAGUAAAGAGGAAAGACUGAAGGAAGCUGCUGAAAUACACUUGCGAUUAGGACAGAUUCGGAGAUACUGUGAGCUGAUGGUCGAACUUGGAGAGUGGGACAAAGCCUUGUCAAUUGCUCCAGGGGUGUCUGUGAAAUACUGGAAGAAGUUGAUGCAGAGGAGAGCUGAUCAGUUAAUCCAGGAAGAUAAGGAUGAUGUCAUUCCAUACUGCAUAGCCAUUGGCGAUGUGAAAAAAUUAGUCCAUUUUUUAAUGUCAAGAGGUCAGCUUAAAGAAGCUCUGCUUGUUGCACAGGCUGCUUGUGAGGGAAAUAUGCAAACCUUCCAUGUUUCGACACCUAAAGGAUCUUCUUAUUCUGAUGAUAUCUACAAGGAAGACUUCAACGAACUCCUGCAGGAAGCCUGCAGAGAGCUGGCGGAAUGGUAUUUUCAGGAUGGCCGGGCAGUCCUAGCUGCGUGUUGCCACCUCGCUGUGGAUAAUAUCGAGCUGGCUAUGGCGUACCUGAUUCGCGGAAACGAGCUGGAGUUGGCCGUCUGUGUGGGCACAGUGCUUGGAGAGCUGGCAGGACCCGCAACCCACUACGCCCUCGAGCUGCUGGCGAGAAAGUGCAUGAUGAUUCCGACGCGCUUUCCAUCCACUGGAUACAGGAAUUUGGCAGUUGAUCUUCUCCUAAUGACUCCGGAGAGCGAACUACAGUUAGUAAAACUCUGUGCUUUCUACCCGGGGUGUAUCGAAGAGAUAAAUGAUCUUCAUGAGAAGUGCAAGCUACCCACAGUAGAAGAAUGUAUGCGAUUAGCUGAGACAGCCCAUGCCGAUGGCAAUAUAUUUGAAACUAUAAAGUAUUACUUGUUAAGUCAAGAACCUGAAAAAGCCCUUCCUAUUGGUAUUGACUUCAUCAAAGAAUACUUCAGUAGUUCAGAUUGGACUUUGCAUACCAUUUACCCUGUUCUUGACCUACUGAGUUAUGUUCGUACUGAAACAUUAGUCCUGCAUACAUGUACUAAAGCUCGAAAUGAAUUGCUGACGUUAUGUGGGUACGUUGGUGCUCUGCUGGCUAUCAGAAGACAGUACCAAAGCAUUGUCCCGGCACUUUAUGAGUACACGAGUCAGCUAUUGAAACGUCGGAAGGUGUCAGUGCCUAUAAAAGUUGAACACCUUUCUGAGGAAUUGGAUGCAUGGAGAGCUUGCACACAAUCCAUCGACCGAUCAUCAGAAGAAUCUCCACAUACACCCCCUUCUGAUUCACAAAGAAUGGUUUAUGCAACUUUACUGAAGAGACUCAAAGAAGAGCCACUCCGAGGAAUCACUGGACCAGACUGUGUGACCGGAUCAAGCCUUCCCAGUCAUUUUGAGAGCCACAUCUCUUGUCUUACAGGAUUAAAAAUCCAGGGCCCUGUAUUUUUCCUUGAAGAUGGGAAAUCCACAAUCUCCUUGAAUGAUGCUCUGAUGUGGGCAAAGGUGAACCCAUUCUCACCUUUGGGGACUGGAAUACGACUCAACCCCUUUUGACAGAAGGCUUUUCUCACACUUAAUUGUUUUUUUAAAGACCUUUUUUUGGUUAGUAUUAACUUUAACCUUUGUUGUCCAAGAGCCAAAGGUCUGGAGGAGGAGGUGGGAAGUGGGGACUCACCGUUGAUUUUAUUCGUUAACUUCAACAAAUAAAAUAUUUAUAUAAUUUCAAG